CACGCUUGCGCGCCGAUAGCGCAUGCGCCCCGUAGGUUAUCGAUGGUAUCUGACAUCACGCGCGAUGAACCCUUGAAGACCAGGUACGUUCCUGGCCGAAGUCAGCCAAGCAUAAGCAUUAACAGUUAAGCCACGCGAAUACUUUAGAAAAUUGCGUUUGCAACGGAAUAACAUAAUGGUUACUUUAUAAAAGUGUAUCGAAAUUCGAUUCGGUGAUUGCGAUGCGUCGUGUCAAAAUGGUGUGUUUAUAAGGGCGCCGAAAGUUUCGUCUCAAGCUACGUGGAUCGCUAAAUCGAAAUGUAUUCUAAGAUGUUCUUGCCCGUAUUGUGGCCCGAUAAAUGUUAGUGGCUCAUCGUUAUUAUUCAGUCCCGAGAUUGGACGAUAGUACCGCUUCGUGACAUCGCCAACAGGCGCGAGGCAGAAUGCGGCAGUAGGGGCGGCCCAUGGCGGCGAGCGGCGCCCCGGUGCGCCAGCCGCGCCGCGGUCCAGCGCCCAUCGCCUCCUUCGACCACGACGUCUCUGACGAGGUGAGACCGCCAUCAAGUCCAGAAACAAAGCAAUCAUUUCGCCUGCCCGAGAUCAGAGAGGACCCCGCAGGCUCCCCACGAGUCACUGGUGUCGAAUCUCUCGCACCUCCAGAACAGCGUGCCCGUUCACAUUCCACGCCAGCAGCAGGGGGGCUGAUUACGCCGGCGACACCGCGUAUCGAUAUAUCUCGUGCUUCUAGCUCGAGCCACCACGAUUCGCGAGAUAGUUCACCUGAAUUAGCUUUGUUCGCGGGAAACGGCGGGAGUGAAGACGGAAGAGCCAAACUUGAAUUAGGUUUUCGGGAAGACGGCGCUCUAGAUCUUCGGUCUUCAACUGAGGAGCUUGCUUUUCUAGAGGGUGCUCCUGGAGAGCCCCGUGCACCACCUCCUGCCGUUGAGCGCCGACACUCCCGCAAAGACAGCCAGAGCUCGGAAGCUGCGCUCUUGGCCGUUUCUGGACGCACCAGUCGAUUAUCUAGCAUCGGCUCUCAAUGCUCAGCCCACUCAGCCCUAUCCGGCUUGAGUCGCACGUCGCGCUUAUCGGUAGUGUCUGGAGUUUCACGUUCACCUUCACCUCACAGAAUGUUGUUAGAAACAUCAUUCUGCGGGCCUCGCCCAAUUGAAAACGAUCCAGAAAUCUGUGCAGCUGUAGUCGAAGAGCAUCUCCUUGAAAUCGCCAAAAUGACGGUUCCUCCUCCGACACCAGUAGAUGCCCGAGACCAUAGAGAAAUCCGCACCGAAGCUACAGUAGAAAAGACAGUGAUUCGGUCUUCACCAUCAUCGGCAACAGUUUCAUUAGCUUCCACCCCAGUGACAAUCACCGUGUCUGUUUCCGCAGUCACAGCUACACACACCACGACACCUAAAGUGAUUGUACCUGAAGAAAAGCCACCUACAGAAUCCACUGAACCUGCUUCAGUUACCUCACCUCUACCGACGGAGGAAGAAAAACGUCGGAAGGAAACGAAUAAUAGAGCUAGAGCUGAAGAGCGGCGCGCUAGACCCAGGCUGCGGCGCGAGCCCUCCGAACCCGAGGUUUACAAAAGUAAAAAUAGAUCAAAGAAUAUCAUUAGAAUAAAAUUAAAACCGGACGAUGAAUAUGAAGAAGAACCUGGAACGGAACCGACACUAAGUUACGAACCGGAUAAAUCUUCAGGUGAUUACAAACCGGCGAUUUUAGAAGUCGAUGCUGGUUCUUCACGAGCUAUUCGACCGACCGAGUUGGUGGGCCGGGCUCCGCCAAGCCCGGCACCCCAUCAGCGUCGUUCACAUCGCGAAAGCCGCACGCCUUCACCAGUGGGACCACCCGUAUCACGGAAAUCAUCUUUUUGUUCACUUUUUAAAUCUCGAGAGACAAUAGCAUCACCUGACUCUCCGUCGGAUGCUUUGAGACGUAAACGAAGCUUAACAGACGGCCGAUCACGCAGUAAAAGUCGCGAUCGUUCAGCAACACCGACCUCUGCGAGCAAGAUUCGUGGAUCAGUGCUCUCCCUAUUUCGGACCCCAAGACGAAGCGCUGCAUCUCCAUCUCCUAGCUCUCGAGAGGGAUCGCCGGUCGUACAUCAACAGCGGCCCCUUGCUACUUCUUUACAAAUGGAGCGCACGCGUCCUGUCGAACGUCUUAAAUAUUACGAAGACACAAGAGACGGAAUUAUUCACAUUCCAUUGCGAACACCGCCGGACGAAAGACCGAGUUCAAGUGCCGCUCGCUGCAAUUCGGAUGUUGAACCGAAAGCAAUAGAGGCAACGGUACACAGAGAGCCUGUGAGACCUGCUUCAGCACCCGUCGCUCGUACCUUACCAGAUUCUGUUCCGGGGCCAGCGCGGACUCCGUCCAAACCAAUUCAUAGACAAGUUCUACCCGACGGAAGUAUCAUAAUACCCCUACAUUCGCCCACCGAAAAAAGUUACGAAAUUGAUUAUUCAACUCCCAUUUCUAUUGAACUUACUCAGGAUGCCGUUGCUCAACACGAUACUCCUGUAUCUACAUCGAACGGAAUAUCAUUCACAGAGGACAGAGACGCAGCCGACAGAUCCGAAGCAAGCUUAACAAAAGAGCAAAGCGUUGAAAAAAUGCAAAUCAGCACACCGGUUGAUCCGAAACACGUGAUAGAUGAGGGCCACCGAAAAAGGAAAGAGCGAAUCGUAUUCACAACUCAUGUCGGUAGCCGAGAACAAGUUUUUAGUACGCAAUUCAGCAUAACAAAGACGCCGAGCGUAACGAGUGAAAUAUCCGGCUCAUUUCCGAGCUUCCACGACGUUGAAGAUAUUCGACUGCCGACCGUGAAAGACGUUGCACCUGUGACGGAAAACGGAAAUUGUGACGAGAUACCUAAGCCGAGCGGGUCUAGUGUGACGACCCCACAUGACGCAGUUGACGCACCCCGCGAUUCUUCAGAGUCAGAGCCGAGCUCUGAAACAGCUCCUCCACAAGGCGGCAGUGAGGUGGAGCGGCGCGGACUUGUAGUGCAAGAGUCAUUUGAAGAGGAACUGCCUUACGUACCGACGACGCUACCGAUGGAGCGGCCGGUCGCGUUACCCAUGAUACCGGUGCGGGAACGCGCUGGAGUGCACGUGUCGGCAGUAGAGCGACCGCGGGCGGCGCCCCCACCGACCCCGCGCCCGCGGAUGCCGCCUCCUCCGCCGGUUCCGGCCCGCGACCCACCGCCGGCCGACAAGCUACGAAUUAGACUCCCGCGUCGUUCUAGAACAGUUUCAGCCGCCCCAACCGCGAGAAUUUCACGACCGAGAACUCGUAGUGGAGGAGAUGGAACAGAUUUACGUCCAAAAGAAUGGAUUGACUUCGAGGACGUUCCCGAGCGACGGAAGCAGCCGAAGCGUAUACAGACCCUGCCCGCCGGGGCGGUGGCCACGACGCCUUCGGAGGAGACGCCGGGCUCCACGGGCGGUCUCGUCUUCAGCUACGUGGAGCCCGAGCACUGCCGCUGUGAGUGCCACGGACACGCGCGCGCCGAUGACCAACUACCUUUGUUGCAUGACCAACAGCAGACAACUGAAAUUAGUACCUCCCCGGUAGACCACGAGGCGCAGGUGGGGCUGAGUCUCCAGAUGGCGCCUUUCGACGUUGUUCUGGACUUGCAUCGUGAGCAAAUCUUAAAUAGAGAGACUCCAUCGGGAUCUAUACGGCAAUGACGACGCAAACGCGGCGCGCAUUCACACAUGUCGGCCAACAUGCUCGGCCACUGAUCGGAUGUCGAACGCUCAUGAAAACACAGCGCAUUCCUAUGCACCAAAAAAGUAUAUUGAAUGUUUUAUAAAUUAUACUCUCUAUUGACUCGUAA